GUUGACAUUGGCUUUUGUCAUUUCAUUAUGAAUUUGAAAAGGGAUUUUAUCGUUUCGUUUAUUCUGUUAUUUGGAGAAUCAUUAUCUAUGGCGAUUUUGGAGGGCACAAUAUCGCACCAUAUGGUCAGGCUGAUCAAUAUCCGAAGACAUACUAUGAUAACAGAUUUAAUGCAUAUAGAGCAAUUGAUAAAGAUCCGGAUCCAGAUGUUGCACAUGGAAAAUGUUCACACACGGGCUUACCAAACCACGAGGAAAACGCUUGGUGGGAAGUUCAAUUCAACAAUUUAUACAGCAUCACCGGUAUUGUGAUUGUUAACAGAAAACAUAUUGCUUCAAGAGACAUGCUUACCGGAAUGAUAAUAUAUGGAUACACUUCCAGUACCAGUUACAUUGAAUUAUUUCAUGACGGUGACAGAAGUGUAUCAAGAAAUGAUACUAUCAUCAUUUCCGUUGGCGGCACUGAAAUGGUGCAAAGAAUUAGAAUAACAACGAAAAGCUAUCUUACCCUGUGUGAAGUGGAAGUUUUUGCAAUUGCCUGUGAGCCUGUUGAUAUAGAAAAUGGUGAACAACUUCCGUUGUCCCCACCUUCGACACGGGUAAAUGUGAUGUGUUCGAACGUAUAUUAUCUGGAACCAGAUUAUUGGCAGUCAGUAAAAUGGGCACUGGAAUGUCGAUGCAAGAUGCGAAUUGGUCAAAUGCCCUUGUCCUACAGACACAUACAAUGCCAUAUACAUUGAAGAAUCUACAAACAAUCAUUGCUACGGGCGUAAACAUUAUGGAACGAAGUUGCAAGUUCAAUGCAAAGUAGGGUAUAUAUCAUCCUCUGCAGUCACAACAACAUGCCAAAAUGACAAACGUUGGAGCCGUCAUACAAUAAACUGUGGAGUUUCUUGUAACGAGCCUCCAGAAAUUCAAAAUGGUUUUUACGCCAAUACUGCACAGAGCCAAUAUCAGUAUAAUACUGUUGUCACGCCAAACUGUAGUACCGGAUACAAACUCACAGGAAAUGUAAACCCACUCAGAUGUAGUUCUGACGGUAGAUGGUCCGGGGGUCAACCACAUUGUGAAUUGGUGACAUGCUUUGUACCACCAGCACCCGUACACGGAAGAUACGAACCAGCGCAUAUGGGACAAUACUUGUAUAACACGACAUUAUAUAUAAUAUGUAACAUCGGCUUUAAAAGAACCACCAUACCUUCUUUUAGUUUAUGCACAGCUGAAGGACACUGGAGUGUUUAUAACCCGCAGUGUGUAAAAGUGACAUGUUCUGUUUAUAUUUUCGAGAACAACAAUGUCUUAUAUACACCCAUUGAACACUACACUGGAAACAUAUUUCUGAUUGAUUAUAAUACAACGUUAUAUCCAGUUUGUAAGGAUGGAUUUACUCCUAAAUCCGGCCAUAUUCCGAGAAAGUGCGAGUUAGACGGUCAACUAAGUGGGCAUGAACCAAUUUGCACAAGAAAGGCCUGCGUCGCAGUUAAUCAUUUAGAGGUCAACAUAUCGGGAUAUUCUGUACACGUCAGUGGACCAUUCCUCUACGAAGAAACGAAAAUAGUUGAAUAUAACCAUUCAUUAUUUUAUCAUGUGAACGGUUCAUUGUCAGUCAGCUGUGCUGUCAAUGGGUCACUUAAAUGGCAACAUGGCAAACCUCCUGAUCUACGAAAAAUAUGCAUCUUACCAAAAACGAUACCAAACGGGAUUGUGAAUCAUUCCUGUUUAUCUGACGAUAAGUGCGAACAGGGGACAACUAUACGAAUUGAAUGUUAUGAAGGUUUCUCAACAUCAAACACUUAUGUCAAAUGUCUUCCUUCACACUCAUGGAAUGGAGAUUUGUUUUGUGAAAAACUGUCAACCUUCGAAACCCAGACAGUUGCAAUUGCUAGUGCAGCUAGUGUAGGCACACUCCUCAUUGUUGCCUCUGCUAUAGCAUUUGCAGUUUUCCUGCAUAGAAGGAAACGGAAGGAACACACGAAAAACAAAUGUACACUGCAUAAACCAACGAAUGUCUUAAACGUGAUUUCUGAAACUGUGAACAUUGGAAGGGCAGUUGAAACAAAAGAUAACACAGAGUAUGCGACAAGUACAGCCCAUUUCGGAUUAACGCGGGAUGAAGAGGCCGGUAUGGAGAAGUCAUAUUACAGCAUUGGUGAUCGUGUAAAACUUCCAGAUAAUGCCAUUAAAGUGGAAAAUUUGUAUGAUAUCAUUUUCUCAUCUGAAUCCAAGGAAACUAUGAAAACUCAGUUUAAGAUCUUUCCAAAAGGACUGACAGAAGACUAUCAGGUAGCCCUGAAACCUCAAAACAGACAAAAAAAUAGAUACAAAAGCAUAUAUCCAUAUGAUGAAACAAGAGUAAUUCUUCAGAAAUAUGGAAGCCAUAUCAGCGAUUACACCAACGCAAACUACAUACACGGAUAUAAUCAGACCAGAGCGUAUAUUGCGUCUCAAGGGCCUACGAAAGAGGUACUGGUUGAUUUUUGGAGAAUGAUUUGGCAACUAAGGGUUGGCAAGGUUGUUAUGCUGACUAAUCUUGAGGAGAACAAAACGAUGAAGUGCAUACAAUAUUGGCCUGAAGCAGAUAGUGUUAACUUCGAUGAUUACAAAGUAACCACUCAGGGGGAAGAGAAUUAUUCAGACUUUAUCAUAAGAACAUUAAUUGUUGAGAAGACAGGAGAGGGAAAACGAAAGCUGUUCCAUUUUCAUUUUACUGCGUGGCCGGAUAAAAGUGUCCCAAAGUAUGCUUCGUCGCUUGUUCAUUUCCGGCAUAAAGUUGAAACCACUCCUGUAAAAGAGAAUGGGCCCGUUAUUGUUCAUUGCAGUGCCGGUGUGGGUCGGACGGGGACCUUUAUUGCGCUGAAUAUUCUGACAGAGCAAGCCUCAACGAUGGGAUAUGUGGAUCCUGUGGGCUGUGUGAAUACACUGAGGAGACAGAGGGUCGACAUGGUUCAAACACCGGAUCAGUAUAUAUUUCUGCACAUGGCGCUUUUGGAGACGUUGAUGCUGUCAACGUCUGCUCUAUCUGCGUCAAGGUUUCUCAAAUAUUAUGAAGAACUAAUGGCCUUUGAUAAUCACCUCAGAAAACGUAAAAUUGAUAUCGAGUUCUCCAGAAUGGAGAAAAUGUCUCCCGUGGCUGAUGAAUGUCAGUAUGUGAGUGCAAAAGAAGUGAGAAACAGAAAAAAGAAUCGAUAUUCAAACAUUCUCCCAGUCGCUGACCACAUGCCGUACUUGACUCCCUCUGGAAAGAGGUCUGAACCGGAUUAUAUCAACGCUGUAUUCUUACCGAACUACAAGAAGAAGGGAGCGUUCAUCGUCACCCAGACACCUCUCAAAGCGACCAAGACUGACUUCUGGAGACUGGUGGUAGAACACGAUGUCCAUACAAUCAUCAUGAUGAACAAUAUGAGUGAGAUGAAGGAAGACGAGAUAUACUGGCCUGUACAUAAUGAAUCGGAAACAUAUGAAAAUAUGACGAUAACCAAGACAAGCGAAGACUGCGAGGGAGGAUUGAGGAAGAUAAUGUUUGACUUUAAUCGGUUUGAGAAGUUAAGGAAACUUCAACAAUAACAAUACGAAGGUUGGCCUGAUGAUUCAGCGUUGCCAUCAUCUCCUAAGGAUGUUUUACACCUCCUUGAUGAAGUGCAGUACUGGCAACAACAAUCAGGAAACAACCCUGUGCUCGUGCAUUGCAUGAACGGAGCAGACAGAAGUGGCUUGUUCUGUGUUGCGUCAGCAGUCUUGGAGGGAAUGAAGGUUGAACAAGACGUUGCUAUUACACAGGUCAUCAAAGAGAUGAGGAACUACAGGGAACAGAUCAUUCCCUCUGUGGAACAAUUCCAGUUUGUGCAUGAAGUAGUCAAGGAAUAUAUUCUGCAAAACAAAACAUAUUCAAAUUUCACCGACUGAGGUCGACUGGCUGUCCAGCAAUGUGACAUUAACAUGUCAACCAGGGAUUGUUUUAAACGUGUAUUUUGGUAUUUUUUAUGUAACAUACAUUACGUAACAUUUGUUUAAUAUGUGCUUCUAUAUAGUUGUUGCAUACUUGAUUGCUUUAAGAACAUGAAGUGGGUGUAUAUAUGUAUUGUACUUUUAAACAGAUUGACAAAAGCUAUAGCCGAAAGAGUGUUCCUUCGCCAAACCGUAUCGUAUGAUUGUCGUUGUCAUAAAAAUGCAAUUUCAAAUGCGCUUCAAAAGUCCUGCUUAUUCCUUUUUUCACACCAGGAACAAGUUUACUCUUAUUCCGUUUACCAACGUAUAUAUAAAUAUCAUUUUUGUAAUUACAUGACAACCGCCACAAGACAUUAUUUGAUAAUUAGGUCACACAUUUGUACAUAUAAUGUAAAGGACUUUAAUUGUAUAUAAUGUAAAGGACUUUAAUUGUAUAUAAUGUAAAGGACUUUAAUUGUAUAUAAUGUAAAGGACUUUAAUUGUAUAUAAUGCAAAGGACUUUAAUUGUAUAUAAUAUAAAGGACUUUAAUUGUAUAUAA